AGAAAAAGCUAACCAAGAAAAGCUAGAAAUCUAUUUUCUCUUUUCCUUAUGGAAAAAGCAUCGCGAAACGUGGAUCAUCAAAUUGACAUUUUUUCUUAAAAAGUAAUUAACAAUGCACAACGUAGAAAUUAAAGAAGCAAUAUGGGACUGUGACCCUUCCAAAUCUCCAGGACCAGACGGAUUCAAUUUCAGAUUUAUCAUGUCAAUGUGGGAUGUUAUAAAAGCUGAUAUUGUCAACUUUGUUCGGGAGUUCCAACAGCAUGGUAGAAUGGUCAAAGGGUCAAAUGCUUCCUUCAUUGUGCUAAUUCCAAAAUCAGAAAAUCCACAAGCAAUUGAGGAAUUUAGACCAAUUUCCUUGAUAGGAGUCUCUUACAAAAUCAUUGCUAAGCUUCUAGCAAAUCGUUUGCGGAAGGUGCUGCCCAAGGUGAUUGGGGAGCAGCAGAUGGCUUUUAUCGAAGGUAGGCAUUUAAUGGACGGAGCAGUGAUUGCAAAUGAGGUUAUUGAUGAGGUUAAGAGGAAAAAGAAGAAGGGAUUUCUAUUUAAAGUCGAUUUCGAGAAAGCCUACGACAAGGUAUGUUGGGAAUUCUUAGAUUAUAUGAUGACAAGGAUGGGAUUCUGUGCAACUUGGAGGAAAUGGAUUCAGGAGUGCUUGGAAUCGAGCUCGGUGUCUAUUCUUGUCAACGGCAGUCCGACGAACCAAUUCCCAGUUAAUAAAGGCAUUCGCCAAGGAGAUCCACUAUCCCCGUUCUUAUUCCUCAUAGUGGCAGAGGGCUUGAAUGGACUAGUGGCAUCGACAGUGGAGAAAGGGAGGUACAAAGGAGUGGAAAUUGGGAGCGGAGAUGUAAUGGUCACACAUCUUCAAUUCGCGGAUGACACAAUCUUUUUUGGAGAUGCAACGGAAGACAACAUUCGGGUGAUCAAAUGUAUUAUGAGGACAUUCGAGUUAGCAUCGGGACUGAAAAUUAAUUUCAAGAAGAGCCAGUUGAUUGGUGUGAGAGUUGAUCAAAGUUGGUGUGCUAAGAUGGCAUUUCAGCUGUGUUGUAAGGAGGGGAAACUGCCAUUAAGGUAUCUGGGAAUACCAAUCGGAGGGAAUCACAGAAGAAAAGCUAUGUGGCAGCCGAUGGUUGAGUCUGUUAGAAGGAAGCUAGCCAGCUGGAGGGGACAGUAUCUAUCUAUGGGAGGCCAUAUCACACUCAUCAACUCAGUGCUGUCGAGUCUGCCAGUUUUCUUGAUGUCUACCUAUGCUAUCCCAAAAAGUAUAAUUCAUACCAUUGAUAAAUUGCGUAGAAGUUUUUUAUGGGGGGGGAAGGGAGACGAGAAAAAAAUUUAUUGCAUUGGAUGGGAUAAAGUGUGUAAAAAAAAAGAGGAAGGAGGUUUAGGAGUGAGGGACUUAAGGAAAUUCAAUUUGGCAUUGAUGGGGAAAUGGUGGGGAAGGCUUGCAGAAAAUGGGGAGGGCAUGUGGAAAAAAAUUAUUGGUGCAAAAUAUGGAAAGGGAGGGGGGCAUUGGCAGGACUGGAUAAAGGAAAGUAGAGAAGUAGGAUCAGCUUGGUGGAGGGAUGUGUGUGGUAUUAAUGCAAUGGAUGGGGAAAGUAUUGGAUGGCUAAAAGAGGGAUUUAGGGUUAAGAUCGGGGAGGGUAAUACGGUUAGUUUCUGGUGGGACAAAUGGAGGGGAGAAGAAAGUCUAGCUAAUAUGUUUCCAAGAUUGUACUUGCUAGCUACAGAUAAGACGAAGACGUGUAGUGAAAUGGGAAAUAGAACUAAUGGUUUGUGGGAGUGGAAUUUAUCUUGGAGAAGGAGUUUGUUUGAAUGGGAAAAAGAGGAGGCAAUGGAAUUGCAAAACUCGAUUCAAAAUGUGCAACUGUCACAAGGAUGCAUGGAUAGCUGGGAGUGGAUACACAACAAGGACGGCCAAUACUCAACAAAAUCAGCAUACUCAAUAUUGAUGAAGGAGGGGAGGGAAGCAAGGGAAAUUACAACCUUUUGUAGAAUUUGGAACUCUGUUUUGCCAAGUAAAAUUUCAGCAUUCAAUUGGCAAUUGCUACUUGACAGAAUUCCAACUAAAAGGAAUCUGUUGACAAGAGGGAUAAUCAAAGACAAUCAAGAUUGCAAAUGCGGAAUUUGUGGUGAGGAAGAAGAGGAUUCAAAGCAUUUGUUUCUGGAGUGUAGUAUGGUCCGAUGGAUAUGGAUGGCUUGUGCAAAAUGGUGGGGUAUCAAUGUUACUUUGGGGGCGGACUGCUGGAAUACCUUUCAAGUGGCUGGAAGAGAACUAAAAGAGAAAGGUGUUAGAGAAGGGUGGGAUUGCAUUUGGAAUUCUCUUGUGUGGACAGUGUGGCUGGGUCGAAAUCAAAAAACAUUCCAAGGCAAAGAGAUUAAUAGGGAGAAGCUGCUGGAACUAAUCCAAUUAAAAUCGUUCCUUUGGAUCACAGCAAAAAAAAAAAGGUACGCCUUCACUUUAACGGAUUGGUUCCUUAACCCAGUGGCAUGCUUGAAAGAUGACUGUAGAAAGAGAAGGGUUCCAUAUAUAUAAUAUGGGGGAGGGUUGGUAUUGCUGAUAGAUGGAUUAAGGUGCUAUGUAAUGGGGACUCACGUAGGAUUAUUGAGCAAUCAUUGACUGCAGUGGAUCAGCUAUAGUCAAUGCAUGAUCAAUAGCUUGUGGGUCAGUAGGUGUGUCGGGUGUGGGCUGUGGUCCUAAACAGGGAGAUUUCUUGUGAUUGCAAAAGAGAGCAGGUUUCUCGUCACGGGUGUAGUGUCGACACUUCUUCUGUGGUGUCGACACCUUGCGUUAAUUUUUGUUGUACAUCGGUUUGGAGUACCCCUUGUAUUCCGCUUACUAAUUAAUAAAAGUUUGUUUGCUGU